AUGUGUGUCCUCCCUGCAGAGAAGCUCUGGAUUGGUCUUGAAAACUUUGUGUUUGAUUGGCUAAUUAAUGCUGACAGGGUUGUUAGUCAGGUUGAAUAUCCUUCCUUGGUUGACUUGCGGGGGCUUCUUCUAGACCUAGUUGCACAACUCCUAGGUGCUUUAUCCCGAAUCAGGUUUAGUUCCGUGACAGAGCGCUUUUUCAUGGAACUAAAUACUCGUCGGAUUGAUACAAAUGUUGCUCGAGGUGAAACACUUAGCAUCAUUAAUGGGAUGCGCUACCUAAAACUUGGAGUUAAGACUGAGGGUGGUCUGAAUGCAUCAGCCUCUUUUGUGGCAAAAGCAAACCCUCUGAAUCGUGCUCCCCAUAAGCGGAAAAGUGAACUUCACCAUGCGCUGUGCAAUAUGCUUUCAAAUAUUCUAGCACCACUUGCAGAUGGUGGAAAAGGGCAAUGGCCUCCUUCUGGUGUAGAACCUGCACUUACCUUUUGGUAUGACGCUGUUGCACAGAUAAGAGCGCAGCUCAUGCAUUGGAUGGACAAGCAGAGCAAGCAUAUAGCUGUUGGUUACCCUUUGGUGACUCUUCUUCUCUGUCUUGGCGAUCCUAAUGUUUUUCUCAGUACAUUUGGCACUCACAUGGAGCAACUGUACAAGCAUCUUAGGGAUAAAAACCACCGUUUCAUGGCCUUGGACUGUCUUCAUCGUGUAUUGAGGUUCUACUUGAGUGUUCAUGGGCAUUCUCAGCGUCCAAAUCGUGUAUGGGACUAUCUAGACAGUGUGACCUCACAACUUCUAACAAUUCUGAGGAAAGGAAUGCUUACACAGGAUGUCCAACAUGAUAAACUUGUUGAAUUCUGUGUAACAAUAGCUGAACAUAACCUUGAUUUUGCCAUGAACCACAUGAUAUUGGAAUUGCUUAAGCAGGAUAGUCCUAGUGAAGCAAAGGUUAUUGGUCUUCGUGCUUUGCUUGCCAUUGUUAUGUCUCCUACAAGUCGGCAUGUGGGAUUGGAAAUUCUUCAUGUUCAUGAUAUUGGCCACUACAUCCCAAAAGUGAAGGCAGCGAUCGAGUCUAUCUUGAGGUCUUGCCAUAAAACCUAUAGUCAGGCUCUUCUUACUUCUUCAAGGACCACCAUAGAUGCUGUGACGAAGGAAAAGUCGCAAGGGUAUCUUUUCAAGUCGGUGCUCAAGUGCAUACCGUACCUAAUUGAAGAAGUUGGCAGAAGUGAUAAGAUCACCGAAAUCAUACCUCAGCAUGGCAUAAGCAUUGAUCCUGGUGUUCGUGAAGAAGCAGUACAGGUACUGAACCGGAUUGUGAGAUAUCUUCCCCAUCGGCGAUUUGCAGUUACGAGGGGGAUGGCCAACUUCAUUCUACGGCUUCCUGAUGAGUUUCCUCUUCUCAUUCAAACGUCAUUGGGACGCCUAUUAGACCUUAUGCGUUUCUGGAGAGCUUGUCUGUGUGAUGAUAAGAUAGAGCAUGAUGCUCCUGAUGCAAAGCAUGUGAAAAGGAGUGAGGGAUUUAAGAAGUCUUCCUUUCAUCAGUCCGGAGACACAGCUGAAUUUCGUGCUUCAGAAAUAGAUGCAGUUGGUCUUAUUUUUCUGAGUUCUGUGGAUAGUCAGAUUAGGCAUACGGCAUUGGAGUUACUACGUUGUGUCCGUGCCUUACAUAAUGAUUUACGCGAGCUUUCCAUACAAGAGAGAUCAAAGCAAAUUUUGAAAUAUGAAGCUGAACCAAUAUUUAUUAUUGAUGUUUUAGAAGAGAAUGGGGAUGACAUUGUUCAGUGCUGCUACUGGGAUUCUGGGCGUCCAUUCGAUUUAAGACGGGAAUCUGAUGCAGUACCUCCAGAUGUGACACUUCAAUCCAUACUGUUUGAGAGUCCAGAUAAGAACAGAUGGGCUCGAUGUCUCAGUGAGCUUGUCAAAUAUGCUGCUGAGCUCUGCCCAAGCUCUGUCCAGGAAGCAAAGUUAGAGGUUGUUCAGCGUCUUGCUCAUAUCACACCUGUUGAGUUGGGUGGGAAGGCUCAUCAAUCACAGGAUGCAGAUAGCAAACUAGACCAGUGGCUUAUGUAUGCAAUGUUUGCAUGCUCAUGUCCGCCAGACAGUGGGGAAGGUGGCAGCUCAGCAGCAACCAGAGAACUUUUCCAUCUUAUUUUUCCCUCAUUAAAAUCAGGAUCCGAAGCGCAUGUGCAUGCAGCUACUAUGGCUCUUGGCCACUCACAUCUAGAAGUGUGUGAGAUCAUGUUUGGUGAGCUUGCAUCUUUUAUUGAUGACGUUUCUUUGGAAACAGAGGGUAAACCGAAGUGGAAGCAUGCAGCUACUAUGGCUCUUGGCCACUCACAUCUAGAAGUGUGUGAGAUCAUGUUUGGUGAGCUUGCAUCUUUUAUUGAUGACGUUUCUUUGGAAACAGAGGGUAAACCGAAGUGGAAGAGCCAAAAGUCCCGUCGUGAAGAACUUCGCAUCCACAUUUCAAAUAUAUACCGUAGUGUUGCAGAGGAUAUCUGGCCAGGCAUGCUUGGCCGUAAACCAGUUUUUCGUCUUCAUUGUUUAAAGUUCAUUGAAGAAACAACCAGACAGAUAUUAACGGCACCAACUGAGAGCUUUCAAGAAAUUCAACCUCUCCGUUAUGCACUUGCUUCUGUUCUAAGAUCUCUGGCCCCUGAAUUUGUUGAGUCAAAAUCGGAGAAAUUUGACAUCAGGUCUAGAAGGCGACUGUUUGAUCUUCUUCUCUCCUGGUGUGAUGACAUUGGGAGUGCAUGGAGUCAGGAUGGUGUUAGUGACUAUCGCCGCGAAGUUGAACGUUACAAAUCUAGUCAGCACACUCGGUCAAAAGAUUCUAGUGACAAAUUUUCAUUUGAUAAAGAAGUAAGUGAACAAGUCGAGGCAAUCCAGUGGGCCUCCAUGAAUGCAAUGGCUUCACUAUUAUAUGGGCCUUGCUUUGAUGACAAUGCAAGAAAAAUGAGUGGUCGGGUAAUAUCCUGGAUUAAUAGUCUGUUCAUCGAGCCUGUGCAUAGGGCUCCAUUUGGUCAUUCACCAGCUGAUCCAAGAACCCCAUCUUACUCCAAAUACAUGGGAGAAGGUGGGCGAGGAGCCACUGGACGUGAUAGGCAUAGGGGUGGCCACCUUCGUGUCUCCCUUGCAAAAUUGGCUUUGAAGAAUCUUCUUCUUACAAAUUUGGACUUGUUUCCUGCUUGCAUUGAUCAGGUAAUUUUGUCUCUUUCGUAUGGCAGCACAUCAUGACAAGUAUACGUAAUCGGAGACAACCUACUGGCUGUUUCCUAUGGUGACCCUUUGUCUUCUAUGUGCACCACUUCCCAAAUAGUGUGUCUUGUGUAAAAGAACUUGGACUGUCUCCCUGAUUCGGUGAUCCUUUGAUGUGACGUGUUUUAAGAGUGAAACCAACAAAACUACCUCGAUUACCUGAUCAAUAAUGGUGACCAGACAGAUGCAAGCCCACAAGUCUUCGGUUUUUCCCAACAGUCAGGCUGUUUGAUUCAGCUAUUCAUAACCAAAGAAAAAGUCGGAGGUGUGAAAGUAUCUUUCGUUGUCCUUGGUGUUUCAUGUUUUAGCCCUGUCCUGGUUGAUCCAUUUUAUUAUAUACUCAGGCUUUCAAUUUGAGCACCAUCCCUGUGUGGCAGCUACAAGGAGGAACCUUCUUGUUUGUAAUACUUUGCUUGCUAGUUUUAGUUGUUGUCUAACUGCUGUCUUUUAUUAGCUCUUACUGUUAUCUUACGUGGAACUAAAAACUUCAUAUCUUCUUCAGUGCUACUAUUCUGAUGCUGCCAUAGCUGAUGGUUACUUCAGCGUG